AUGAAAGACGAAGAAGAGUUGUUAAUUGAUAUUUUAAAUGAAUUUAUAGAAAAUAAUUUAAAUGAAGAUUCUUUUAUCUAUGGAAGAUUAAUAGCAAGAAAUAAAAGUAUAAAUUUUAGUGAGAAUUUACUUAAACAUAAAGAAGAGUUAAAGGCUUUUAUAGAAAAUAAUAAACAUAAACUUGAUAAACCAAAAUAUGACUGGUAA